AGUGUUGAGUUCAAAGUAAAAGCGUGACUUAAAUGCUGUCGAGGUUUUCGUGCUAAGAAGACCGGGAAACCCGCCUAGGUGGGUCACCCCACCUAUUGUGUAGACGCGAUGAAGAUAACUUAAGAGAUUGUAUGGACAGGAGAGUUACGUCAACAACCUGGUUUUCCCACCUCCAUCUAAACAGGCCCUAAGUAUUCUUUUUGCAAUAAUAAAAGACAAGAGGAUAUAAACUGUUUAUCUAAAUGAUGGAAAUGGGUAAAUUGUUUUAUUUUGUAGCCAGGUAUGACUUUUUACUGAGAUUGAUCACAGAUUUAUCUGUGAUUACGUUAACGGGUAUGUUGGUUUAAUAGAAUGAAAUAGGAUUAGAAGAUAGCAUACCAAGUCAGCUCGAUUCAGGAAAACUCGGACAGCCUCCUGCAAAAUAUAUGGAUCUAAAAGAAGUCAGCAGAGAUAAAAGAAAGGUACAAAGUGCCGCUCCACUAGCUGAUUACGCACCUCUUCAUCCAUUAACAAGCUCUUGGGAAGUUCCAAGACAUAACGUGACCUUAGAAAAAAUCAUUGGUAAUGGUGCUUUUGGUCAGGUUGCCAAGGGAACAGCAGUAGGACUUCGUGGGAGGCCUGAAACGACCACAGUGGCUAUUAAGAUGCUUAAAUCUAACGUUGCUGAAUCAGAAAAGAGAGAUUUGAUUAAAGAACUUCAAACAAUGAAGCAUCUGAAACCACAUCCUUACGCCAUUAAACUUCUGGGUUGUGUUACGGAGUCUGAGCCUAUGCUGCUUUUGAUUGAAUAUGCGCCUUUUGGGGAUCUGCUGGGUUACCUGAGAAAGAGCCGUGGAUUAAAGGACACAUACUACAAAGACCCAAAUAUCAAACUACAAAAAAAUCUGACGUCACAGCAGCUAAUGAAGUUUGCCUGGCAAAUAGCAGAUGGAAUGAGUUAUUUGUCCUCAAAAUCUAUCAUCCAUCGAUACCUCGCAGCGCAUAAUGUGUUGGUUGGACAAAAGGAAACGUGCAAAGUAACAGACUUUGGAAUGGCCAGAGAUGUGCAGGAGGAAAAUAUUUAUAAACGAAAGACUAAGGGUCGUCUUCCCGUGAAGUGGACUGCUUAUGAGGCCUUGUUGUACGGAAAGUAUACCACCAAAAGUGAUGUAUGGAGUUAUCGAGUUGUGCUUUACGAGAUUUUCACCAUAGGCGGUUCACCUUACGCAAGAAUGGUUGAAAGAAAAAUUGCAAACUUACAUCAGGAGGGAUACAGGAUGCCUAGACCACAACACGUCGAUGAAAAAUUGUAUCAGAUCAUGAUGAAAUGCUGGAAAAAUGACCCGGAUGCAAGACCAACAUUCACUGAAUUAAAAAAUCAGCUUAAGGACAUGGAAACCCGACAUAAGGUGGAGCCCGCUUACAAAACCUAUCAAUUUGGAAGAGAUAUUUACUAUAGUGGGCACAAGCCCACACCUCAAUCGCAAAGGUGA